UGUUCCUUGUUCUAUGAUGAAGUGAUGCAAUGUUUUAAUUGUAUGAUUAUUGAGUUGGUUAAUUAUUAUGGAAAUAGUUAGUAAUAAUGUUACGUUACUGUUAAUGAUUGUGCGUUGGUGGUCCGAGUAAUAUUUCAAAGAGUUAUGUAUGUAACGUUUAAGAUUGUGAUACUGAUUUUAAAUAUUUUAUAAAUUUGUCAUUUUAGUAAAACUAACCUCUUACAAUGUCGACAGUCAAAUCGAAUAGUUCAAGUGCGAAUUCAAAAAUAGCUAUUUUCAAUACGAUCAAGUAUGAACACUUAGUAGCUGGAGUAACUGGAGGCGUCACUUCAACUUUAUUGCUUCACCCUCUGGAUUUAAUCAAGAUAAGAUUUGCAGUGAACGAUGGUCGGACGCCAGUUCCUCAGUACCACGGGCUCAGGAACGCUGUCAUCACAAUCUUUCAGCAGGAAGGGCUCAAGGGGCUGUACAAGGGUGUCACUCCCAAUGUCUGGGGCUCGGGCAGUGCCUGGGGCUUUUACUUCUUGUUUUACAACUCCAUAAAGACAUGGAUCCAGGGGGGCAACUCCAAGACACCACUGGGACCUACCAUGCACAUGAUCGCUGCAGCAGAAGCUGGGGUGUUGACACUCGUCAUGACUAACCCUGUGUGGGUUGUAAAAACAAGACUGUGCCUGCAGUACGGGCGAGAGAGUGACCUCAAGAGCAGCAGAGAGUACUAUGGUAUGAUGGAUGCUCUCAGGAAGAUAUACAAGGUCGAGGGUGUGAGGGGCCUCUACAAGGGUUUUGUGCCGGGCAUGCUGGGAGUUUCUCAUGGAGCUCUGCAGUUCAUGACAUACGAGGAAAUGAAGAAUUGGUACAACAAGUCACGUCAUUUACCCAUUGAUGCAAAAAUGGGAACUAUGGAAUAUCUGACGUUUGCUGCACUGUCCAAGUUGUUUGCAGCGGCGGUGACAUACCCGUACCAGGUGGUACGCGCACGGCUGCAGGAUCAGCACCGGGAGUACAAGGGCACGUGGGACUGUGUCGACCAGACUUGGAGGAACGAAGGAUGGCGAGGGUUUUACAAAGGUUUAAUUCCGAAUCUGACCCGCGUGGUGCCGGCGACCAUGGUAACGUUUGUCACCUACGAGAAUGUCUCAAGAUAUUUGUUGAGCUUCCGGACGUCAGAUAUUAAUAUCUCAUAACUCUUGUCUAUCUUAGUUCUGCCGAUUAGCUUUACCAUCCUUCCAACCGAUGAGGAAGAAAGAAACUUACCGUAAAUGUUGUAGCUUUUAGUUGCUAAGCAUUAGACAAAAAAUUUUAAAAUGUUCUUUUUAUUAGGUUGCCAGUUAUUCUACUAAGGUAUAAUUUAUUAAAGAAAUAAGUUAUGUCAUCCCAUAUAAUUAAAAUAUUUUAUAAUUUUAAUAAAAAAACAUGUUUUGAGUUGAAAGUUUAAAAUUUUGAAGAUUUUAAUUGGAUGAAUAUGCCCAGUUCCAUUUAAUGGUCACAUCAGGACCGUUUUUACAAAAUUGCCAUCACAGUUCACCAAUUAGGCGUUUGAUAAAAUUUCCGCCUCAGAUAAAGUUACUGUAACAGAUGGCUUGCCAAACAUUACGUGAGCAAGUGUUGUUUAUUUCACGUACAAAGCAAUCGCCAUAUUUUAAAACAGCUCAUAAUAUGUUAAAGAUUUUUUUCUGAAGUUAUUUAAUCAACUAAUAAUUGUUAAAAUAUUGUAUGGACAUUAUUUUAAUAGUAUAAAAAUAAGUUUGCUAUAAGUAACACCACACAAUAUAAUUUAUGAAAUCAAAUUGUUGCCAGAAUUACAAAAGAGUUUAUUAGUUAAUUAACAACGAGAGCGCACAAACUGUACAUUGCAAAGUGUUAUUUUGUUACAAGUAAAUGGUGACACUAAUGGUGUUUAUUUGUUUCUUUAUUUCAGAAUGUAUAACCAUUUGUGGUUGUUAUUUUUAAUGAAUAUUUGUCAAUUAAUUAUUUAUGAAUUUAAUAGUAUUAAUUAAGAGAGGACCUUUAUGUGUUCAAUUUGAGACGAUUGUCAAAGACAAUUCAUUACUGAAGUUCAGCCGCUACAUACACAAAUGUGUUUUACAUUUUAUUACUCAAGCUAAUUACUUAAACUAAAAAGUAUGGAUUUUUUUUUAAGAAUUGAGUAGGGAAACAAUGGACAUUUCAACAUGUGUCCAACAUAAUGUGUGUUUUUCUAUUUCAUAUAUGCUCAGAUUAUUGUCCCGAAAAUAUUGUUAAUUUGUUGUGUUUAAAUUAAUACCGUACUUUCACCAUCUUAAGCUUUGUCAGUUUUCAACAGAUCUGAGUGAAAAGCUUUUUCAACCUUGAGAAUAGCAGUCUAGGACAUAGAGAAAGCUUAAAUUUAGGGUUCUUAAUGUUAUUAUUAUUGUUACUAAAUUCAUCUUGCCCAAAACUUAAAGGUAGAAUACUAUUUUAGAAUGUUGGAUUACAGAACAGUUGUACCGGUAUUCCAAGAUCAACAAACAGCCACACUAGGCCUAGUGUUAUUUAGUAACAAUGACUUGGUAAAUCUUCAAACUUACUUAAGUUCCUAUUGUGCUCUUGUCAACAUCAACUUAUAGUUGAGCAUUCUGUAAAAUAAACAUCUUUUUCCUUAGUACACCUACACUACUUAAAUGUAAUAUGUCUUUAUUAGUCAGGUUUUGAAGUAUUAACUUUAUUAUAAAUUUGAUCUGGCUCUAUAUACGUUUAAAUAAUGUGUGUGAUUCAAAUAGAUAAAAUAAUUCUAUAAGAUUUGCUAUAAUUACUAUACUUUGUAGGUUAUACAAAAAUCAUGUUUAUUUUUCAAUGGACAUAUUUUUACUUAUCUUGGUGUCUAAUUUCUUAUAUUAUACAUAUAUAAAACAUUGUAUUUUUGGGAUUAUUUUUUCAGUGUUAUGAUAAUGUUUCUGAAAAGGAAAAAAUUGGUAGUUAAAUAUUUAUUUUACUUAAAUAAAUGUAUGUUGCAUGUGCUUUUUCUCUCUGUUUGUGGAUAUAUUUUCAAGAUCAUUUGUAAUGAGUAAUUAAUUGUACCAUUCGCUUUUAAUAAAUUAAAUUGUUGUGUUAA